UUUUUGACAAAGGAGCAUCAAUCACAAAUUUUUGAUUUCUGGGUCAUUACAAAGUGCAGUUCACAAGGAGUCCCUUCCAUCUGUGACACUGGACCCGCAUAAUUUGCUGCGUGGCCCUCACUCAUUGCCUAUGAAGCCUACUGUUUCAACACCGCCAUGCACGGAACAGGAACAGAUUUUGAUUAAGUACCUCUCAAGACUUCAGACCCCACCAACUGGGGUUGCAGCUACUGGGAGUCUUCACCAGCUCGGGUACUUCUUAGUGGGAGCCAAGCCCCUGCUAGGGAGUCUCCCUUUUCUGCCUUCGGACAGUCAAGAGAGUCUCAGUGUCGGUUUACUCUUGGGUCCACCCUGGACGAAACAUAUAAGCCACCGUCUUGGGCCAAGGAGUCAGGCUGGAACCAAAACUAAACAGGAGAUCAUGGCAAGUGCAGAUUGGGGAUAUGAUGACAAAAAUGGUCCUGACCAAUGGAGCAAGCUGUAUCCCAUUGCCAAUGGAAACAACCAGUCUCCUAUUGAUAUUAAAACCAGUGAGGCUAAACAUGACAACUCUCUGAAACCUAUCAGUGUCUCCUACAAUCCUGCAACUGCUAAAGAAAUUGUUAACGUGGGGCAUUCCUUCCAAGUAGUUUUUGAUGACAGUGGUAACAAAUCUGUUUUGAAAGGUGGCUCUCUCUCUAGUGACUAUCGGCUCGCCCAGUUCCAUUUUCACUGGGGCAACUCAGACGACCAUGGAUCCGAGCACACUGUGGAUGGAGUCCAAUAUUCUGGAGAGCUUCACAUAGUUCACUGGAAUGCUGCAAAGUACUCCAAUAUUGCUGAAGCCGUCUCAAAGGCUGAUGGGAUGGGAAUCAUUGGUGUUUUGUUAAAGGUUGGUCCAGCCAAUCCAAACCUGCAGAAAGUACUUGAUGCCCUAGACUCAGUUAAAACUAAGGGAAAACGAGCUCCAUUCACAAAUUUUGACCCAUCCACUCUCCUUCCUUCAUCCCUGGAUUACUGGACUUAUUUUGGCUCUCUGACUCACCCUCCUCUUCAUGAAAGUGUGACCUGGUUCAUCCUUAAGGAGAGCAUCAAUGUCAGCCCUGAGCAGCUGCAACAACUCCGCAGUGUCCUGUCGAGUGCAGAGGGAGAGACGGCUGUUCCUAUUCUGAACAACCACCGUCCAACUCAGCCCCUGAAGGACAGAACGGUGACAGCUUCAUUUUGAGACCCAGCAAGGAGUGAGUUCAAGAUCAGGACAGGGCCCCUCUUCAGCUAUGACUUAGUAAACACUUCCAAGUAAACACUUCAGUGCAAGAA